AUGGGUAAAAAUUUUUUACCACAAGACCGUGUCUGUGAGUUUGCCAAAUUAACUCCAGUGCAACUUCUAGAAGAGACUGAAAAGGCUGUAGGUGAUCCUCAACUGCCAAUCCAACAUCGUGCGCUUAUUGAGCAAAGCAAGAAAUGGAAGAGAAUAGAGCAAGCUGUAGAAAAAAAUGGAGAAACUUUGAAUCAGAUGAAGGCACUCAAUGCUGAACAAGAGAAAGAUGUUGAGCGUGUCCGCCAAAGAGAAGAACUUCUAGCAAAGGCUGAGACCAUGAGAAAGAAAUUGCCAUGGCUAAAGUAUGACAUGAAGAAGGCCGAAUACAUGGAAGCUAUGAAGCAGGAAAAGGAUGCAACUAAGAAGUUGGAUAAAGCUGCAAGAACUCUAAAUGAUCUUAGAGAACCUAUUGAGAAACAAAAGCAAGAGAGAGUGACAUUGGAAUCUAAGAGUAAAAAAGUAGGCAAAAUGAUUACUGAGAAUGCAAACAAACGCAUGAAAAUUUUGGAGAAAGAAAACCGUUUGGGGGUGCUAGUACAAGAAAAAUACAAAGAAAUGGAAGACUUGAGGAAGCAAGAAGAAUCUCGUCAACAAAGAAUUUUAAAAGCAAAAGAGGAUCUAGCUGCUGCUGAGCUAGAACUUGAAAAUCUGACUCCUUAUGAACCUCCUACGGAUGAAAUUAUGAGAUUACGUGCUCAAAUCGUGGAGUUAGAAGUUUCUGCAAAUGAAAAGAGGAAUCAGAAAUCAGAGAAGGAAAAACUUUUAAAUCAAAAGAAUCUUCACCUAAUCAACUGCUCGGACAAGCUGAAGGAGAUGGAAAAUAAAAAUAGUAAACUCUUACGGACUCUACGAAAUUCAGGAGCAGAUAAGAUAUUUGAUGCUUAUAAUUGGCUGCAAGAACACCGUCAUGAAUUCAAUAAGGAGGUUAAUGUGUCAGAUCGGCUUCACGCUGACUACUUAGAUGGUCAUGUUCCAUAUUACAUCUGGAAGUCUUUCAUAACUCAAGAUUCUCGUGAUCGUGACUUUUUGGUAAAAAAUCUGAAGCCAUUUGAUGUUCCGGUUUUAAAUUAUGUGGGACAUGGAGGUUGUCAGACAGAAGCCUUUCAAAUUUCUGAGGAGAUGAGUGCACUGGGCAUUUAUUCACGGCUUGACCAAGUUUUUGGUGCUCCUACUGCUGUGAAGGAGGUUUUGACUAGCCAAUUCGGUUUGGAUAGAUCGUAUAUUGGGUCCAAGGAAACUGAUCAGAAGGCUGAUAAGGUUUCAAAGUUGGGGAUAUUAGAUUUUUGGACUCCAGAGAAUCACUAUCGGUGGUCAGUAUCUAGAUACGGUGGUCAUGUUUCUGGAAGCGUAGAACCAGUGAAACGUUCUCAACUAUUUUUGUGUGGUUUGGAGACUGGGGAAGUUGAGUCACUGAAAUCCAAAAGAAUGGAGCUUCAAGAAUAUGUUACUGCUUUACAGGAAAGCAUUAGAUCGCUUCAGAUUGAAGAAAGACAAGCAGAAGAGGAAGCAGCUAAACUUCAGAAACAGAGGAGGGACAAGAACAUCGAAUAUCAUAAUAUAUUUUUUAGGAGGGGAUUAUCAGAAUUGUACAGGAUGAGAAGAAAAAAACGGCGUGAAAUGGAAAACCGUAUUGUACAAAGGAGAAGGAAAUUAGAAUCUAUGGAGAAAGAGGAUGACUGGAUACUGUUAUGGCAAAGCUCAAUGAACAAGCUGCAAAACAUAACAUUGACCGAUUCCAUUCUGUGA